GGAACCAGAGAGUAUGAGCAAGGGAGAUAGAAAGAGAGAGAGAGGGAGGUGAAAUGGAACCAGAGAGUAUGAGCAAGGGAUAUAGAAAGAGAGAGAGAGGGAGGUGAAAUGGAACCAGAGAGUAUGAGCAAGGGAGAUAAAAAGAGAGAGAGAGGGAGGGUGAAAUGGAACGAGAGAGUAUGAGCAAGGGAGAUACAAAGAGAGAGAGAGGGAGGGAGGUAAAUCAGGGAUCUGUCAGGGCAGUCAAGACAGUCUUCUUCUCUGUCUCAGUGCUGCUCAGGCCAUCUCUUUCUAGACUACUCCUACUUUUUGGAUUGGACUGUUCUAGGACUGAGUGUUUGGGAAAGAGCCUGUAUUUGGAUAGGGCCGGGGAAGGGUGUGUUGGACUGGGAGCUUAUACUAACUAGUAUUUGGACUACCGAGUCGUGUCCUAUGGAGGUACAGGUUCAAAGUCAGCCACAGCCCCCCACCAUCCUGGAGAAUGGGGAGGCCCAGGACCCUGAACCACACCCUGCGGAGUUCAACAUUCAUCGUCAUGCCAACGGUGGGGAGGCAGAGCUGCCCGUCUCCAAGUCUCAGAGGAGACGCAGCGAUGUCAAAGUCUACAAGGAGUUCUGUGACUUCUAUGCACGCUUCAACAUGGCCAGUGCCCUGGCCAAUGCGAUUUGUGAGCGCUGUAAGAGUGGCUUUGCUCCGGCGGAGAAGAUCGUCAACAGCAACGGGGAGCUGUACCAUGAGGGAUGCUUCGUCUGUGCUCAGUGCUUCCAACAAUUCCCUGAGGGUCUCUUCUAUGAGUUUGAGGGCAGGAAGUACUGCGAGCAUGACUUCCAGAUGCUGUUUGCUCCCUGCUGCCACCAGUGUGGGGAGUUUAUCAUUGGUCGUGUGAUCAAGGCGAUGAACAACAGCUGGCACCCUGACUGUUUCUGCUGUGACCUCUGCCAGGCCGUGCUUGCUGACGUGGGCUUCGUCAAGAACGCCGGCAGACACCUGUGUCGCCCAUGUCAUAACCGUGAGAAGGCCCGUGGUCUGGGGAAGUACAUCUGUCAGAAGUGCCACGCCAUCAUCGAGGAGCAGCCGCUGCUGUUCAAGAACGACCCCUACCAUCCGGACCACUUCAACUGCAACAACUGCGGUAAGGAACUGACGGCUGAUGCCAGGGAGCUGAAGGGAGAGCUGUACUGCCUGCCCUGCCAUGACAAGAUGGGCGUUCCCAUAUGUGGAGCCUGCAGGAGACCCAUCGAGGGCCGCGUGGUCAAUGCCAUGGGCAAGCAGUGGCAUGUCGAGCAUUUUGUGUGUGCUAAGUGUGAGAAGCCCUUCCUGGGCCAUCGCCACUACGAACGCAAAGGACUGGCCUACUGUGAGACUCACUACAACCAGCUCUUUGGAGAUGUCUGCUACCACUGCAACCGUGUCAUUGAGGGUGAUGGUACCCAGGCUAAUGUAAUCGACGUGUUUGUGUUGUGUGUUCCAGUGGUAUCAGCCCUGAACAAGGCAUGGUGUGUCAACUGCUUUGCCUGUUCCACCUGCAACACCAAGCUCACCCUCAAGAACAAGUUUGUGGAGUUUGACAUGAAGCCGGUGUGUAAGAAGUGUUACGAGAAGUUUCCUCUGGAGCUCAAGAAGAGGCUCAAGAAGCUGGCAGAGACCGUGGGCCGGAAGUAGACAGACAGACAUGCUAGAACAGACAAAAGUGAUAUCAGAGUGUUUGAGCAAGCACAUGACCUUUGUUCUUGGUGUAAAUUUAGGGAUUACAACCACUCUACCCAACCCCUCAUAGGUUGAUGAAAAUCAGAUUUGAAAUAUCCUUCCGUCCUUUCAUGCCUGGUUAAAUAGUGACAACCCAUGAGCAGAGAGGGAGACUACACAAGAAAGGGUCAUCCCCAAAUCAGUGCCUUUGUCUGAAUACAUAUUCAUAUUAUAUUCAUAUAUAUCCUUGAUAUCAACUUAUCUCAUAUAUUUCAUCAUUCUUUUAUCUUAAAAUGUCCCUUCAUAACCCAACUUGUAUAUUUAAGUAUGCAUCAAUGGUCCUGGUAUUUUGUAUUUUAUCAGAUGAAUAAAGAGUAUUGAUAAGGUUG